CUAAAAAGAACGGGGCAGUGGAGGACCUGUCACUCUCUCCGGAAAGAGAAAUUUCUCAUUUUCUAGGAAGACGGAUUAAAUUCCUUGCUUUUGAAUUAGAUCUAUUUCUUUGUAGUUUUAGGUAAUAACAAUAAUAAUAGACAAGGGCAGAAAUUAUCAGGAUAAUUAAACCACUUGUUCGAUCGAGGGUUUGAGAGAGGGCACUGCACACAAGAGGUACAUGGAUCAGGUUCUGAAUAAGGUUGGUUCCUAUUGGUUGGGCCAGAAGGCGAACAAGGAGCUCAAUUCCGUCGGCAACGACAUUAACUCACUGUCGAGCAGUAUUGAAGGAGGAGCCAAAUGGUUAGUCAACAAAAUGAAAGGGAAAAUGCAACAGCCAUUGCCAGAACUGCUCAAGGAGUAUGACUUGGCUGUCGGAAUCUUCCCUCGAGAUGCUACCAACUAUGAGUUUAAUGAGGAGACGGGAAAGCUUACUGUCUUUAUUCCCUCAGUAUGUGAAGUGGGCUACAAGGAUUCAUCUGUCUUGCGUUUUUCCACUGCUGUAACCGGGUAUUUGGAGAAAGGAAAACUAUCUGAUAUAGAGGGGAUUAAGACUAAGAUAAUGAUUUGGGUUAAAGUGAGUUGUAUUACCUCUGAUGGAUCGAAGCUCUAUUUCACAGCCGGGAUAAAGAAAACCAGGAGUAGGGAGGCUUACGAGGUCCUUAGAGAUGGAGUGAGUGUAGAGAAGUUCUAAAAAGUGGUCAAAGUGUUUCUUAGGUAUGAUGAUGCUGUGAAUAACAAACUCCGCCAUUCCUUCUGCAUAUGCCUGCCUUUCUCGUUGUACGAUUACCAUGACUGAUUUAAAACUGAAUUUCUUUUCCUUUGUUCCCUGUGGAAGUAUUUAUGAUAUAUAUAAUUCCUUUAUACUAA